AUAGGAUUGACGGUCCAUUUUAAUAGAAGAAUAUGUGCACCUUAAAUUCUGUCUGUAUACGUUAUAAAUUUACCCGAUUGCAAUGUUUAUUUUUUGUUUUCGCAACAUGAGUGACCCAAAAACUUGCCAAAAAUCGACACGACGGAAGGUUAACUUGUGCAGCAGACGAUCAAAAAGUGAAAGUUAUAACAGUGGAUUCUGUGACUGGAGCUUUUUUGUCUGCCAGUGUUCACCAUUCAGACACAUCGUCAACAGGAGACUCGGUGGAUGGUAGCCUGUCUCUUUUCAACAAUUUUCAAAAUGAUGAUGUUACCUUAGUGAGUGAACAAGUUGAAGGAAAUGGUGUUGUUACAACAAUGCUAUCAGGUGUAAACAACAGCAUGGUGUCUGGGUCAGACAGUGUCAUCAGUGUGACUCCACAACAGUUUCAUGAUCUGAAAUCUUCUGUGAAUUCAGUUUCUUCACCUCAGGUGAUAAUUGUUGAUGCAAAUGAUAGGACAUCUUUGCUUGGGAAGAGGCCUUCCACUGGUGUUAUUUCUCAGACUUCACUUGCAAACAAAAUCAUCAUAACAAAGCACCAUAAUCCUAGUCAGGCACUUGUGGGAACACAAGGGGCAAGUGGCCAGUCAACAGGGGCUGAUGCCACCAGCCCACAAACACCCACCAAAACUAUAACCAUUUCACAGCCAGGUGUUUCUCCAAUGAAAGUUGUGACAGUCACUCAAGUGCCUGGAAGAACACCACCCAAAAUUCCAAUACAUAGAGUGCAAAUGCCGAUGGCAAGGACUCCUACUAAGAUAACUAUGAUUCCACGCUCUCCACAACGGAUAGCUCCAGCCUCAGUGGGACAUGCAGUGAUAAGUAACACUAACAAUUCAACAGGGACUAUUACCUUAUCCCCAUCAAAAGUUAUUCACCAACAAGGAACAGUACAUGUGAUACAGAAACAAAUCCAGCCAUCACUCGGUGGUGCUACUGUGAUGACGCUACCUCGGCAACCCAACGCUACUCCCAUUGUUAGACAGGGGGUAUCACAGAUACACGUUCCUGGAAACAAAUUCCAGUACAUAAGGCUUGUGAAUCCUUCAAACUCAAAUUCAAUUUCUCAAGCCCAGUUAGUCGCAGUAACGGCAGCUGGUGUACAAGCACAGCCAAUGAAGAUCACAAUGCAAGCACAACCAAUUACACAACUGGUUAACACGAGACCAGUUGGAACCACUUCUGUACAGAGGAUUAUUCUUCCAGCCACCCAAAGCCAAGUGUCUAUACGACCCGCCCCUGUGAUAAACCCCUCUCCUGGGGGCCCGCAUAUUAUUCGCACCACCCUUACUGCCACCAAUCAGGGCAGCUUGCAGCACGUGGCAGGGGCUGGUGGGCCCACCUUCCUGACCUCGGGGGCCGCUGGUACUCAGGGCGUUCAGGGAUUCGCUCUUGUUCCAGCUUCAUAUCUUACACAGAUUCAGCAGCAGAUACAAGUAAAGCCAACCACUGUCUCCACAAAAGCUGUAUCUGUACCCAAUCCAAACACCGCCCCUCAGACACAGUUGAGAGCAGAGUAUCUCCCUAUUGCCAGCAACAAUCUUGCGAUUAGUGCUUCUACAAAAAACGCCAAUGGUACCUCUGUCGAUGCCAGUGGAGCUGCCAGACCUAGAAAACCUUGCAAUUGUACCAAAUCUCAGUGCUUAAAACUAUAUUGUGAUUGCUUUGCGAAUGGAGAGUUCUGUCAUAACUGCAACUGCAAUAACUGUGCCAACAAUCUAGAACAUGAGGAAGACCGGUCACGGGCAAUCAAGUCAUGUCUGGAAAGGAACCCUUCAGCAUUUCAUCCAAAGAUUGGUAAAGGCAGGGCUGGUGAGAGGGAUAGACGGCAUAAUAAGGGCUGCAACUGUAAGCGGUCAGGCUGUUUAAAAAACUACUGCGAAUGUUAUGAAGCAAAAAUCAUGUGCAGCUCCUCAUGUAAGUGUGUUGGCUGCAAAAAUUUCGAGGAGAGUCCGGAGCGCAAGACACUGAUGCACCUUGCUGACGCAGCCGAAGUGAGGGUGCAGCAACAGACGGCUGCCAAGUCCAAACUGUCCUCACAGAUCUCAGACCUGCCUUCCCGGCCAGCUAAUUCUUCAACAGGGGAGAGGUUGCCAUUCUCUUUUGUUACGACGGACGUUGUUGAGGCGACGUGUGCCUGUCUGCUUGCCCAGGCUGAAGAGGGGGAGAGACAGAGGAUGCCCGGGGUCGUACAAGAACGCAUGGUCAUCGAGGAGUUCGGCAGGUGCCUCGUUCAAAUCAUAGAGUCAGCAAACAGAACUAAAGCUCCUGACUUGGACGAUACUGGUUGAGACUUGAGACUUUUAUUCUACAUAUAGGCAGCUUUCUCUGUUGUACUUUCUUUUAAACUUCCUGCUGCGCAGUGCUUUGUGGCCUUAUCAAGCCCAAUAUUUGUUAAGUUUUGCGACUAGUUGACAAGAAGGAAACAUCAUGGCAACCAAUUUUUGGUGAUGAAAUGAAAUGAAAAUGUGCCAACCUCUGGGUAAAUCAGAGUUGUGUAGUUGCCUAUUGCCUAACGUAUCGUCUCAGAUUAGCCUGUGCAGUCUGCACACCCUUAUCAUGGACAACACUUCCCGCUUUAAUGAAUUUUUUAUGUCCCCCACUAUAGUAGUGGGGGACAUAUUGUUUUUGCCCUGUCUGUUGGUCUGUCUGUCUGUUUGCGCCAACUUUAACAUUUUGCAAUAACUUUUGCUAUAUUGAAGAUAGCAACUUUUGGCAUGCAUGUGUAUCUCAUGAAGCUGCACAUUUUGAGUGGUGAAAUAUAUGUGGCCCAAAUCGCUUAUUUUAUAAAUACUUUUGCAAUAUUGAAGAUAGCAACUUGAUAUUUGGCAUGCAUGUGCAUCUCAUGGAGCUGCACAUUUUGAGUGGUGAAAGGUCAAGGUCAUCCUUCAAGGUCAGAGGUUAAAUAUAUGUGGCCCAAAUUGCUUAUUUUAUGAAUACUUUUGCAAUAUUGAAGAUAGCAACUUGAUAUUUGGCAUGCAUGUGUAUCUCAUGGAGCUGCACAUUUUAAGUGGUGAAAGGUCAAGGUCAUCCUUCACAAUGUCAAGGUCAUCCUACAAGGUCAAACAUCAUAUAGGGGGACAUUGUGUUUCACAAACACAUCUUGUUUAUGUAAAGGAAGUGUCCUCUCAACACAGUUUAAUCAGAAAGUGUCAUCCUUGGUUAGCCUGUGAGGACUGCGCAGGCUAAUCAGGGACCACACUUUUGACACAUUCAUUAAGCCUUGCUUUCAGAGACAGGCUCAAUUCAAUUGUAAUUUGUUUUGUGAUCUUUAACAAACUUUUUCGUGAUCUUAAUGUUAUGAUUUAAAAAAACAGAUCACACAAGUUGUUAUGCUUUCAAUUUCUGUGCUGUACCAUUUUGAGCAGUUGCUAUAGUACUUAGCUGUUUAAAAAAAAAAGAAUGAUUCAUCUUGUUUCAAGGAACAGUAUUCCUUAGGAAUGUGUUAUCAGAUUUGUUAUUUUAGCAUGUUUUGCUCCAAUACUUUAAUUAUGUAAUAGAUUGCACCUCUUAAAGCAAUAAUUAAAAAAUUAUUUACCUAAAAGUUAACAAUAAAAAUUAUAAUUGAAACAAGUUUAUCUGUAAUCACAUUUUCAAAGCAAAAUUCAACAAGAAAAUUAAACUGUUUACCUUUUAUAACAAUACAGAUUUCAUAAGCAAUUAUAUGACCUAUGAAAUUUGCAUACUUCACUUUUAAUUACAUUUUGCCAAAUAUUUAAUAUAUAGUUACACAUUAAGACAAAAAUACAGAGAAUUUCAAAUGCUUGGUUAAUUGCCCAUUUAGAACUUCCAUACUGAUAAUAGUUUCAUUCUUAACUUGUGAAAGUGUUACUGCCUAUUUCAUAUUCUGCUCUAAUACUCAUAUAACCAGAUUACAUAUUCAACAUGAUUAUUGUAUUUUAGUAGAUACCUGUUCAAAAAGUGCACAUUAUUGUUUUCAUAAGUGCUAUAAAUAGAAUAACUGGAGAUGCUUUGAAAUGCUCAAUAUGUGUAUCAUGUCUUCAUUUAUUUCUGUUGAAGUAACUAGAAUUUUUUAUUUUUAAAUAGAAUAUUUAUUUAUUAUACCCCCAAACAGUUUGAAUGAGGGUACACUGUAGUCACCAAGGUUGGUCCUUCAGAUCUUUGCCCCGGAUCGAAAGAUCGGGGGCAUACACAGUAUUGUUUUUGGCCUGUCUGUCUGUCAUCCAUUCAUUGUGUGUGUCCCAAAACUUUAACCUUGGUUAAAGUUUGGUCAUAACUUUUUGAAUAUUGAAGAUAGCAAAUUGAUAUUUGGAAUGCAUGUGUAUCUCACGAAGCAGCACAUUUUGAGUGGUGAAAGGUCAAAGUCAUCCUUCAAGGUCAAAAGUCAAAAAUACAAUCCAAGGGAAGUUAUCAGCUUUAAAAGGGAAAUAAUUUCUAAACCUGCCAAAUGAUAUACAUGUAUUGAAAUUGUAUUUCAAAGCGACACAAUAGGGGGCAAUGUGUUUCUGACAAACACAUUUGUUUUUAUGGAAAAACAGACAACUCACCUUUGGUUACAUUGCCUAGGGCUGGGUAGAAAUGCUCAAAUGUGCUAUAGCCAUUAGAUGGAUUUCUGCUAAACAUACAACAGCCCUGAAAAAUGCAGUUCAUUCACUGUUCACAUAAAAUGUUUACAAUUACCACUAAUCCUUAUUUAUCUUCCUUAUUGAAUGAGCAUUUCACAGGAGGAAUGUUAGGAGGCUCAGUAGUUUAGUGUCUAGAUUGCAAAACAAAUGCAGGAUGUGUGUGGCUUACUUGGAUGUUAAUGUCUUUGUUUGGCAACCAUACUUUGGUCUGCAUAUUUUGUGUUAACGUUUGGAUUAAUAUUCAUCAAAUGUCAAAUUCUUGGCUUGUCUACCCAUGAAAUCAAACCAAAUUAAUAUCACACAAGUAAUUAUGAUUUUGUAUUAUUUGUUAUGUAUUGUGGUAAUGCAUGCCUGUAUGUUUUUGUCUAUGACAGAACUCAUAACUGCGUUGUUAUUGAUGUGUGAUGCUUAACACAACUUUUGUAUCAUUCAUUUAUUUAUUAGGAAUUUCAUAAAUAUUGACUCAUUUACUGACUUUUGUAUAACUUACGAUUUUAAUAAUUUCUAUUAAAUAAUGAAGUUAAGUGAUUGAAUGAGUGUUAAGUAAAAACAGUUUCAGAUUUGUUAGAAUACAUUUCCAAUGGAGUUAAUGUUUAAUAUUUUCAGGAUGGAAAAUCUUAACCUUAACCCAUUUAUGCCUAGCUUCCUAAAAAAAAGGACAUUGCAAACAGCGUAGACCCAGAUGAGACACCGCAUAAUGCGGCGUCUCAUUUGGGUCUGCGCUGAUUGCUGAAAGGAGUUUCUGUUAGAAAUAUUUUAAAUAUAGAAAUAAGUAUACUAGACAUCCCUAAUUUUGGAAAUAAAUUGAUCCAAUUUUGAAGGAUGGGAGAGUCCACUGGGCAUAAAUGGGUUAAUAAAACAUAAUCAUUACCUAAAUAUUGAUUGCUAUGCUGUGAAGCUACAAUGUGUGCAUUACAUUAUCACAUGACCUGUAGAAGUUUGAAAACAUACUUAAGUUGUCAAAUGAAGUGUUACUAAAAGUAUAUUGCAAUUUUCUGUUAAUUUCAAAAUUGGGUAAUAUAUUUACGGGAAGAAAUUAAUAACUUGUGUACUGCAAAGUUGUUGCUUUGAGUAAUUGUGCAAUAUGGUGGUUUAAUUGGUGUGCCAAGUUCCUGGGUUUGUUUCUUGCUUUAUUAAUAAAUAAAAAGGAGCAUUUUAGUGUGGCCUCAUCUGUGUAUUCACAAGAAUUGUAUAUAAUUAUAUAUUUAAAUAUAUAAACUUGUAUAUUUGUACAUUUUAGUUGGGUAGCUUUACCCAAUAUAAAAAAUGGAAUAACCAGUUUUACAGCAGGAAGUAAACCCAGGAAGUUGUGGUGACUGGUUUACAUGGUUUUAUUUGCAUUGUUUGCAAAAUCCCCCUUUAGAUAGAAAUGUAAAUAAAAUGAAAAUAAAUAAACAUUGAAUAUAUGUAAA